AUGACUUCCAACAAGCCGGUAGACAAGCUGGCCGAUAAUCUGAAGGGCUUGGUCAUCGGUGCCAGUGGUACAAUUCCUGGAUAUCAACAUGUCAGUCGGGCUCAUGAACUGGAAGGCUGUGAAAUUGUGAACAUUGAUUGGCUGCUCCAGAAGAUCAAAAAGCACAUUCCAGAGGCUGAUCAGAAUGAAAUACUCAAGCGUGAGAAAAAUGAAGGCGAUAGACCUAAAGGCAAAAAGCGUGAGCGAGAAUCUUCUGGGGAUGACGAAGGAAACCCUUCAAAGAAAACGAAGGAUGAAGAACAGAUCAACCUCAAGAGGCUGAUUGAUUUAGUUGACGAGAGAUACCCAACAUCGAGUAUUACGACUUCCGUUUACCAAGACGACGCGGGAUUGAUAUGGGAUGCCACGUUGGUCAAACCUGGUGUGGAAAAGCAAAUCAAAGUUUUGCACAUCCAGCUUCUCGUUCAUCACGAGUUACAAUUGUUCCACACAUGGGACUUGCAGUGUCGAUUUGGAUCGUCUGGGGAAUCAAAUGCAAUUGGAAAGUUCGGAAGCCUCGACUCGGCCAAGCGUACGUUUAAGACGAAGUUCAAGCUGUUCAGUCAUCUAGCCUGGGAAGAUCGGCAUGCUCUUCCCCCAUCCAAAGGCUGGUUCUUUCUUGAAAUGCAUCACAGGGAGGCACCCAUCUUCACCAGCGAGAUCAGCCCGUUACCUGCAAGCGUUGAAAAUGUUUUGAAAAUCAUCUUCACAUCAGGAAACUUGAAGAAAUACGUCGAGUGUCUAAACGACCACGGGCGCAGUGUUUUGCUUGGAACCACAGUGGACAAGAAAAAGCUUCUGGUUGGGAUUGCAGUUUUGGGUAAACUGAUGGAGCUCACCAACCCUCAGCUGGCACCUGGGGACUAUUCCAAGGCGAAGGAGAGACUGUGCAAGAUCUACGAAGGCUUGAUUCUGACAAAUCUCACUCUUUCAGACGCCAAUGAUACCGUCAGGCAGGAACUGGAAUCCCUUGAUCUCUUACUCAAAUUGCGCGAUGCCAGCGAGAUUCUAGAAAAGAACUCCCAGUCUUCCUCAUUGGCCAUGAGCCAAAUAUCCCAAGGGAUAAUGGGCAUAUUCCGUCUCGAACGUCCCGGAGAAGCAGAGCGUUUUGCCCAGUGGGAAAAGGAAAACCUUGCUAGUAUCGGAGACCGGCGACUUCUGUGGCAUGGCUCAACGUCUAGUAAUUUUGCAGGGAUCUUGAGUCAAGGGCUCCGUGGCGAUGGAAUUGUCAGUACCGAUGGGAAGCACUUCGUUCCUGGAGUCUUCUUCGCCGACAUAUCCACCAAGUCGGCAGGAUAUUGCCGACAGAAGGGAGAAGCCUUGAUGUUACUGUGUGAAGUCGAGCUGGGUAAAGCCUCGGCCGUUUCAGAUCACCAUGUUGGCAGAACUGUCCAUCAAAAAUGGCGCAAUGCUGGAUAUAUUCACCCAGAUUUCAAGGGGAUCCGGGUGCCAGAUGUUCGCGCCGGAACAACGACUUCUAACAGCUACCCCGGUCUUUACUAUUCUGAGUAUGUGGCAAAAAGCCCAUCACAGAUUCGUCAACGGUAUUUGUUCCACGUCAAGAUUGUUUGA